GUCGUAUGUACCUUAUUUCUGUAAGACAAGUUCCAAGUUUUUUAUUUUUGAGGGGAAAAAUUCCAAGUUGAUAUAAAAAUAAUAAUAGAAAGUCAAAUUGAUACUAAUUAAUCUUAUCUUAAAGCUAUCCAAUGGAAUUAUCAUAAAAUAAUGUUAUCCAAUGGUGGCGGCAAUCAGAUUUGUAAAUAAGGGGAGUGUUUCUGUUUACCAUUUUAUUAACACACUUCAACAAUCAACCAUUAGACUAGCUUUAUAUCAUCUUGUACCUUUAUAUCACUAUAUACAGCCCCUCAUAAAUGUUAUUUAUUAUCAAAAGAAACCAAACAUGAUGAUGUUUAAGAUUUCACUAGCAAUUGUUUGUGUCAUUGGCUUAGCCACGGUCCAUGUCUCCCUUGCCCAAAACUCACCACAAGACUACCUCAAUGCUCACAACGCAGCUCGUGCACAGGUUGGUGUUGGACCCAUAAGAUGGGAUGCAAAAGUAGCUUCUUAUGCCCGAAACUACGUUGAUAAACUUAAAGGUAGCUGCAAACUUGUGCAUUCAGUAGGUCCUUAUGGUGAGAACCUAGCAUGUGGUAGCCGUGACCUUUCGGGCAUAGCCGCUAUGAACAUGUGGGUAGCAGAGAAGCCCAAGUAUGACUACAACUCUAAUUCAUGUGUUGGCGGUGAGUGCUGCCACUAUACACAGGUGGUUUGGAGCAAUUCAGUGCAUUUGGGGUGUGCCAAAGUUCGAUGCAACAAUGGUGCCACUAUCAUCAGUUGCAACUAUUAUUAAAAUGUCUACUGCCCAUGCUACAACAUACAACUAGAUAGUUUAGACUAGCAUGGCAUUGUUGAAUAUAUUGUAAAUAUCUAGUCUUGUAGAUAUUUGUCACAUAGAAUAUCUUGUAGAUAUUAUCUUGUAGAUAUUAGUUUAUAGUUUUAUACUUACUUACUUAGGCCACUUGUCAUUUUGUAUUGGCUGAUUGUAUAGCUUGACUUGGUCCUCUGCUAUAUAAAAGGAAUAGAGUCAGUUAUUUUAAUAUACGAAAUCAUUCACACAGAAGCUCUAGAAGAUUCACUUUCUCUCUGCAUGCUUUCCUUCACGUCUCUGCAUGCUUUCCUCCAUUGUUGAUCCUUCUUCGAGCUUGGAUUCUUGAUUUCAACAUGGUAUCAGAGCCGAACUAGAUCAGAGACUUCAUUCUUGGUACACUUUGUAUUUGCUAGUUCAAUUCCUCGUUCAAUUCUUUCUCUUCUU